AGAAUCGAAGAAAAUGGACCUUUUUUCUACAAUCGAUCUACUUAAUCGCAACUACUUAGUAUAUACGGUUAGCACUUGUUUGUCGUGACAACGUCACGUACUAUUGUGAAGUAAAAAAGAUGCACAGGUAAAAAAAAUGAAACUCGUGUUGCGCUGUCCCCGUGUACUGAAACAGGACGUGGCACAACUUGCCGACCGGUCCAACGUGUUGACCCGAGAGGCGCGCUCCCGAUGAACGUGCCACGGCAGAGACUCUCCUUAAAGGGAGCGACAAUGCACAUGAUGAGGCGGUCUUUCCCGCUAGUUCCAGGGCGUAGCGGAUCGUUGUCGUUUCAUGUACCCUGUCGCACGCACCAGACGUACAACAGCAUGCCAUUUUGUCAUCUGCCGCCGAUUCCAUUCUUGCAUCCGCUCAGGAGGUUAACAUGCCAUGGUUCGCCUUACAGAUCAAUAUGCCACGGUUCGCCUUACCGGUCAAUGUGCCAUGAUUCGCCUUGUCGAAUGGACGCAAGGAGGAGCACUCCAGAAAACGGAAAUGGAAAGCCUCCUAUCUCAGACGUUAAAGGAGACAGAGAAGAGGAUCCGAAGACCCUCCGGGACAUGAUCCGCGUAUGGGGAAUGCCCUUUCUGUGCUUGUACUCCUCUCGCUCUCGCUUUGAUAUGUUCUUCAUGUUUACACUCGUUCUGAAUAGAUGAUGUUGACUAGUUCGCUUUCUGCUGCAUCAUGAUGCACCCAAACUUUCUUCUCCUGAUGUUUUCUCACUCCCUCACACACACUCGUCCAGGUACAACGGUCUUUACCUACUAUCACUUGGCGGCAUCUACACCGGUCUCACGUAUGAUGUGGUGGAGUGGUCCGAAAUCGUUGCUCUUCUAGAACGUUGUGGUGCGGACAGAAUUAUAGAUCUGCAGAGUAUCGAUCCAGCCAAGGGGCGUCUUGGAGUUGCGAUAUGCCUUAAUCCGAUUCUCGAGCCAGCACGAAUCUUGAUUUCAGUACGAUGUGCCAAGCCGUUGUCCAAGUGGUGGAAAGCUAGGAAGAGGGGAUAGAGGAUGAACAUGUUGGGUUCGAGGAAUCACUGUAGAAUGGGAAAGGUAGUUCAUGAAGAAAAGCAUAAGGAUGAAAUGCACAGAGAUGAGUCAUCUGAUGAUAUGGUUAAACCGAAAGCUGCGCUACUAACGACUCAACUUCCAGCAGAAAUGACGUCGCCGCCGAACCUCCCGUAGAAUUUGCGUCGUCCCCUUCCUGAAAGAGGUUCCAAUCGAGAUGUCAUAGUUAGUGACACUUCUGCAUAGAUUUAAGAACUGCAAAUGUGGAGAAAGAAAAGGAAGCGGAUGCCUUGUGAAUGAAGAACGCAAAAACCCGUUUCUUUGAACUGUUGCGCCUAGACUCGAAUCUUGAUGCUUUUGAUUCAAAGUAAUAGCGCCAUGGUUGUGAUGUGCUGGAAGCAUUCGAGUGUUCAUGUGCUGGAAAACGAUGCCAGUUCUUGUCCGUUGUCAACGUUCACCGUCUUCAUUGUCUACC